GACGACAACCACUUCUCUCUCCUCACUCCUAUAAAUAUAAAUCCCCAAUCGCCAUUUCCUUCAGAGCUCAAAAAAUUUAAAAAAAAUAUAAAAUUCCUCUUCAACGGUGUUGUGAUCAACGGUUUCAAUCCAAAUCUCUGUUAAUAAUUCCUACAUAUAAUGGCAAUGAGUUUGCCUCACCAGAUUGGAGCGAUUUCCGGCGCGCCGUUGGCGGGGGAUUCCGGUUGCGUAUCCGGUGAAGCGCCGUCUUCUGCUACAGUCAGCGCGGUGUGGAGAUCUCCCGCCGCAUCUAACCUGCGCGUCUCCGCGAUGGCGGAGUCCGACCGCAUCUCCCCGUCGCCGCCGCUCAGCCCGCGCCUCGGCGGGGUGCGGCCGGACCUGUCGGUCGCGGCUCAGGCGCUGAUGUCUCCGGCUACGGAGGCGAUAGAGGAUAGGGAGUACGUGGCCGGCGGGGCCCCGCAGGCCAAGGAUCGGAAAGGGGUACCGGUGUUCGUGAUGAUGCCGCUCGACAGCGUGACGUGGAACCACACCGUGAACCGGAAGAAGGCGAUGAACGCGAGUCUGCAGGCGCUGAAGAGCGCCGGUGUGGAGGGGAUCAUGAUGGAUGUGUGGUGGGGGUUGGUGGAGGGAGAGAAGCCUGGCGAGUAUAACUGGGGCGGAUAUGUGGAGCUCCUCGAGAUGGCGAAGAAGCACGGCCUCAAGGUCCAGGCUGUCAUGUCGUUCCACCAGUGCGGCGGUAACGUCGGCGAUUCGUGCACCAUUCCACUUCCGAAAUGGGUUGUUGAGGAGAUUGAUAAAGAUCCAGACCUAGCGUAUACGGAUCAAUGGGGUCGGCGUAAUUACGAGUAUUUAUCUCUUGGAUGCGACACUCUCCCUUGUCUCAAGGGAAGAACUCCCGUCCAAUGCUACUCCGAUUUCAUGCGAUCCUUCCGCGACACCUUCGAUCACCUCUUAGGUGAUACCAUUGUGGAAAUCCAAGUCGGAAUGGGUCCAGCCGGCGAGCUCCGCUAUCCGUCUUACCCGGAGGCAAACGGGACGUGGAAAUUCCCUGGGAUCGGAGCUUUCCAAUGCUAUGACAAGUACAUGUUGAGCAGCUUGAAAGCGGCAGCAGAGGCGUACGGGAAGCCCGAGUGGGGCCACACCGGCCCGACCGAUGCUGGUGAGUACAACAACUGGCCGGAGGACACCAACUUCUUCAAGAAGGAAGGUGGUGGCUGGAACAGCCAGUAUGGGGAAUUCUUCCUCACUUGGUAUUCCGAGUUGCUCAUCGCCCACGGCGAGAGGAUCGUGCAGUCGGCCAAGAACAUAUUCGAGAACAAGGGCAUCAAGAUAUCUGUCAAGGUUGCCGGAAUCCACUGGCACUACGGCACUCGAUCCCACGCCCCAGAGCUCACGGCGGGGUACUACAACACCCGCUUCCGCGACGGCUACCUCCCCAUCGCCCAGAUGCUAGCCCGCCACGGCGCCGUCUUCAACUUCACCUGCAUCGAGAUGCGGGACCACGAGCAGCCCCAGGAUGCGCAGUGCUUGCCGGAGAAGCUGGUCCAGCAGGUCGCCCGUGCCACCCAGCAGGCUGGGGUCCGGCUGGCAGGCGAGAACGCCCUCCCAAGGUACGACGAAACCGCCCACGAGCAGAUCCUGCAGGCCUCGUCGCUUAAUGUCGAGGGCGGGGCGGGGGCCGGGCAGGAGAUGUGUGCGUUCACCUACCUGAGGAUGAACCCGGACCUGUUCCAGCCGGAGAACUGGCGGAAGUUCGUGGCGUUCGUGAAGAAGAUGGGUGAGGGGAAGGACGCGCACAAGUGCUGGGAGCAGGUGGAGCGCGAGGCGGAGCAUUUCGUGCAUGUGACGCAGCCGCUGGUGCAGGAGGCGGCGGUGGCCCUGAUGCAUUAGGGCGGCGGUGCCUGGGGUAGUAGGUAAAGAAUAACUCCGACCACCACCUUUUCCGAUCACCAACCCUUUCCGAUGUUGGCUGAUGUGUGGUAGCAGAGGCAGAAUGAUGCCGUAUAAACUUGAGAAAUAUUGUAGUAAUACAGAUAUGCCAUAUUGAUUUUGAUCACAACCAAGAUUGGUUAAUGUUUGAGCUAAUACCUUUUUACUCAAAAAAAUGACAACCAACAAGAUGGGUUGAUGUUAGCUGUACCUUUUCACUCAAAAAAUGUUAUGCAGCAACGUAUUAUUGUAAAUAUGUACAGAACUGUUUUAUUAUUAUGUGGUGAUGUACAACCGUUUUCACUA